AUGAAACCGAUGCCGAUGAUGUGUCUCACAGUCCUGGUGGCUUUUCUCUCUGACGUCACCAGCCAGGCUACCGGUAAAAUAAAGGCACCAAAGGGGACAAAGUGGUGGUCACUUGCCAAGUCCGGUCAGCCGUCCAAUGACCUGCGAUCCCCCAUCACCAAACACAACAACAACCCCAGUCUUGAACCCCUGACUCGGCGUCAGAGAAAGCUGGUCACGAGGAACCCUGGCACCAUCGUGGCCGUGGAGUCAGGGGCCAAGAUGGCCAUCAGCGAGUGUAAGCACCAGUUCAAGAACCGACGCUGGAACUGCCCGACAAACUUUGACGGCCAUACCAAUUCCAUCUUUGGGAAAAUCUUACAAAAAGGCUGCCGAGAGACAGCCUUCAUCUACGCCAUCACCAGCGCCGCCGUCUGCCACACGGUGGCCCGGGCGUGCGCCGAAGGUCACGUGACAACCUGCACGUGCGACACCGACCCCCACGGGCGCCCCAGCGGUGGGGACUGGGAGUGGAGCGGCUGCAGCGAUAACGCCAAGUUUGGGAAAAACUUUUCCCGGAAGUUUGUUGACGUGCUGGAGAAGGGGCGGGACUUCCGGUACAUGACCAACCUGCACAACAACGAGGCUGGUCGUCUGCACGUGACCAGUCAGCUGCGGACAGAGUGCAAGUGCCACGGCAUGUCCGGCAGCUGCACCAUUAAGACCUGCUGGCGGACGCUUCCCCCAUUCCGCGAGGUGGGGAACUCGCUCAAAGACAGGUUCGACGGUGCCUCCAGGAUCCUGCCAGAAAACUCUGGAAGUGGCCGGAGCAAGAAGAAGAGGAAGCUGAACUUUACCCCCGCCAACCCGAACCUGAAAAAACCCGAGAAGACAGACCUGGUGUACUUUGAGGAGUCACCGAGCUUCUGCGAGAAGGAUCAGGGCAUUGGCAUCGAGGGCACUGUGGGUCGGGAGUGUAACGGCACCUCCCUGGGGGUGGACGGCUGCGACCUGAUGUGCUGCGGGCGGGGCUACAAGACGGAGGAGUACCUGGCCCAGGAGCGGUGCCAGUGCAUCUUCAUCUGGUGCUGUGACGUCAAGUGCAAGGUGUGUCCGGUCACCCGUACCAGGCACACGUGCUUGUGAGGGCCGCGCGUGCGGAU